UCCCUUUGUCGCAGUGCUACCGACGGCACCACCAUGAGCGCUCCGCCGCAGGUUUCGGGCACGAAGCGUCCCUUUGCAGAGGUGUUGCAGGAACACCUGCAGAGGCUGUACGACGAUGUCCUGGAGGAACACAAUUUGGAGGCGGAACAUCUGAGAAAUUCCAUCCUUUUGCUCCAAAAGCGACCUACCGAAGUGCUGCAACAUGAGGCCAAAGUGGAGUGGGAAAAGGACCUCGCACCUUUGGAAGGGGAAGGCUUGGAUUCGGAAUGGAGCGAGGAGAGGCAGUGGGGUGCACUGAAUUCCACUAGAGCCCUGGAGAAUUGGGUCGAGCUCUCCGAGAAGCUCCUCGCCCACGGUCCCCUCCAGGGCGGCGACUCCGACGCCGACUCCACGGAGAACAGCGAGCCGCUGGUGGAACUGGCCGUGGCCGGGCUGCAGAUGCGAAAGGCCUGGACCAUCGGGCUGCAGGAGGCCUCCUUGCUACACCGCAACCGAAAUUACCGCAUCUCCAACCACGCCAGCAAUAGCACCUUGCGCAUGCGCGACGUUCUGAAGGAUCCCAGCAUCUUGCAGAGCUGCGUCCUGGGCCCGCGGAACUUCAUUCAGUUGCUCUGGUCCUUUCUGGGAAGUCUCUUCAUCCUGUGGGACCUCGUCACCAUUCCAUUGCAACUCUUCGAUAUUCCCACCUUCAUCCAGUUUCUGGAAAACUUUGGUAUGGUGACCUUCAUUUUUUGGAUCCUGGACAUGCCGACGCAUCUGAUCUUUGGUCGAGAGAUCAAGGGGAAGGUGGAGCUCCGCCCAGGCCAUCUGGCGCGAGAGUAUUUGUACAGCUGGUUCCUGCUGGAUUUGAUGGUCAUCUCCAUUGACAUCGGCCUCUUUCUGGUGGAGGAACUGAGUGGUGGCUGGCGCUCCGCCCGCUUCCUGAGGACGCUGCGCUUGCUGCGGCUGCUGCGCUUGCUGCGUGUGGCGAAGCUGCAGCAGGCCUUGACGCUGCUGGCGAAUCGCUUUUUGUCGGCGCACGCCUUUAUGGUGAUGAAGGUGGUGGCAGGUU